UGGCGCCGGUCAACGGUUGAUAAACCUCUUUCUAAACUUCUCUCUCUCUUGCUUGGUCAUUCAAUUUUGUGGAGGAGCUUUUUGGGUUCUCUUAGUUUUUUCUUCUACUCCAAUUGAUCCAAAAAAGCUCAACUUUUAUAAUUUCUUUUUGGAGAAUUUUGCUUUCAAGUUCUUGGUGCCUUUUCAACUACAAAGGAAAUGGCACAACGUACUCAUGUACCAAAAUUCGGCAAUUGGGAGGGUAGUGACAAUGUUCCUUACACGGCAUAUUUCGACAAAGCUCGAAAAGGUCGGACUGGCUCAAAGAUGAUAAACCCAAAUGACCCCGAGGAAAAUCCUGAUUUAGUUUUUGAUAAUUCAUCAUCCGAACAACCACCUUCGUCCAAAUCCAAACCCAAAGUCGAUUCAGAUGAUCUAUACGGAAAAGGAUCAGCGCGAGCAACAAUUGAGACACGUAAGAGUCUCGAAGAUGGUGAUCCUAAGCAAUAUGCUGACUCUCCAGCUCGUCAUGACAAUGUAGGUAACCGGAGUUCCAAUGACUCUACACCUCGUCUUGGAGUAGGUUCUGCUGAUAACCGACGAAGACCUUCAAGACAAAGUACUGCUGGGUCUGAAUACAGCGUUGAACGUUCACCCCUUCAUCGUCAGGCUAGAGCUCCGGGAAAAGACAAUCCUUCGUUGGAAACAAAGAAUUCUUACGACAGCAGUCACGGUACACCAGGAAGAUCUCGGUUAAGACCAGUUAAUCGAGGAGACGAAACUCCUGAGAAAGGCGCGGCUGUUCCAAAAUUCGGUGAAUGGGAUGUGAGUAACCCUGCAUCAGCAGAGGGCUAUACUCACAUUUUCAACAAGGUGAGGGCAGAGAGACAGGGUGGGCCCGGACAUGCAUCCGGCACACCUAAUGAGAGGCCGCAUGUUAUCCGUAACCAACCUUCCGAUGGCAAAGUCCAGUGUUGCUGCUUUGCUUGGGGAAGAAAAUGAUUUGUGGGAAAGUUUGAAGUGUAUUUUGUGAAAAGAAAAGAAAGUGAAAAUAGUGUUGUGACCUUGUGAAUGAUCAUGAGGUUUGUGUUUGUAAAUAUCCAAGGUUUCUCUUUCCAAGCGGGAAGAUAUAUCAUUGAAUUGCAUCUGUCAUAUAAUUACUGUGUCCUUUUUCGUUUCAUGUAUGUUUUUUCUUUCGGCAAAAAGGCGACAAUUUGCUUGCAAGAUUGUGAUUUUUCAUAUUUUUUUUGGCCUUCUAUGGCGUUACCGUUAUGAUCUUACUAUUCAAUUUAACUGUAUUUAUUUGUUCAAGAUAUAUAAGAGAUUGAUUAUGUGUUCAA